AUGAACGACGCCACCUCCGGCAACAACAGCAACAACAAUCAGCCGCACAACGGCGGCGGCGGCCUUGCUGCUUCUGCCGCUGCACCAUCAUCAGCAUCGUCACCCGCAGAAGCGGCGGCGGCGGCGGCGCGCGCGGCGCUAGCCGCGGCGUUCCCGCCGACCACCCGUGGCGCUAACGGCGGCGGCGGAGCCGGCGACAAUGACGAGGAAAGCAGCGGCGGUGACUCUUCCCCCGACUGGACAGAGAAGGACGAGUCGGAGGAGGAGCCUGAUGCUGCCCCCGCUGCCCCCGUCCGGACGACGUCCGGCGGCAGGGGCGGCAAGAAGACCAAGACGCCGUUCAUGUUGGACCCGAAGCUGUGGACCGUCGUGGAGCGACGAGCUGUUUGCACCGCCAAGCAGUGCGCCUACCGAAGUGAGGAGGACCACCGGGCGCGGCGAAGGCACUACCACGCCCUGUGCAACCAUGUGCAUCAAAACGGCGAGCGUAAAGGCAUGCGCUUCCAGCACCACCAGCUCGAGAAGGUCCAGAAGCACCAGCGAGCCCACCAGGUCAGCGCGAAGCAGAACACCCAGAGAUCGAGCAUUGGCAGCAGCGCCGCCAAGCCAAGGUCACCGACUACCGUGGCUGCGGCGCCGCGAAAUAAGCGCGUGGCAGCCGCGACCAGCGGCCAGAAGGAGCAGACGAGGGCCAUCAAGGAUGCCAACGUGGAGGCCCACAGUCCCAAGGACUGGACGCCCGAGCUCACCAAGCGCCUCCGCGACCUUGUUGACGAGCUGGGGCCGAAGUGGUCCAACAUCGCGGACAAGAUGCCCGGCAAGACCGCCACGGCCUGCAUGCUCCACUGGAGGGUGGGCGUCAACCCCGACCACAUGGUGAAGGGAAGCGGGACCUGGACCGCUGAGGAGGACGAGCGGCUGUCCAAGCUCGUCGAGGUCGUCGGCAUGAAGUGGUCCGACCUCGCGAGACACAUCCCGGGCCGCAUCGCCAAGCAGUGCCGGGAGCGAUACCUGAACCACCUCGACCCCAGCCUGCGCAAGGACAUGCCGUGGACCGAAGACGAAGAGGCGCUUCUCAUGCGUCUGUGUUUCGCCAAGCAGAACCAGUGGGCCGAGAUCUGCCGCCAGCUGCACGGGCGAAGCUAUAACGACGUCCAGAACCGGUUCAACCUCAUCCAGCGCCGCAACAAGCGAGCCCAGGGCUCGCCCACCACCACCACCACCGCCCCCCCCGCUACCGCUCAGCUUGCCCCUCUCCCGACGCCCGCCCCCGUCCCUAGCCUCAAGCCCAUCCGCCGCGGCCGGGCCGGCGCCGUCAACACCAAAACCAUCGACAUGAAGGUCUCGUUGUCUCUCAACGGCUGUGCGAAGCAACAGCGGCGGCGGAGCUGCGUACGGCGGUCCUAUCCCUAG